UAACAUGAUUAUCUCCCCUUGUUCUAUAGUCAACAUGACAGGAUGAUGAUGAAGAGGUGGCAUAUGCAUACUGAGUCAGUCGUGUAAAGUUUCCCUGAUACCUCAGCCAAAAUUCGUGUAAUGAGAAAUUUUUUAAAGAACUUCAGAUCCAGGGAAUUCAAAAUAUGACCGAUAUAUAUCAUGGAUUUGAACUUCUAUUGUUCAAGAAGUUUUCCUGUCAUCCUGAAGUUUGGUAUGGGUUGAGGAAGCAGAUUCAAGAUAAGCUUGAAAAGAGCUCUGAUGAUAUUAUUGACAUUAAUGAUAUAGUUCAGAAAGUUCCACAAGAGUUAUGGUACUUAUCAGUUUGUCUUCAUCGCCAACCAAAACGACUGAUUCAGCUUUGUAAACACGACUCAAAGCAACAACAUAGGUUACCUAUAGACAACUUAUUGACAACCUAUGUUGAGCUUUACAAGAUAACAGAGUUCCAUUUAGAUAGUAUAUUUAAGUUUCGAGAGGACAGAACCUUACCUAAAGAGUUAUUUCGGUGCUACAAUAUGAGAAUACUCUCAUUGAAGUAUAACUGUUUAGAGGCUAUACCUCCAGAUAUAGGACGUUUAAGAAAAUUACAAUAUUUAGCAUUAACAAAUAACCGUCUACAUAUUCAUUCUUUGCCAUAUACACUUGCCUUCUGUUCAAAAUUAAAAACAAUCCUGCUAGACAACAACCAAUUGGAUGCACUUCCAGGCUUCCUGUUAGAGAUGUCUGGCAUUGAAACCGUCCAUCGCCAUGGCAAUCAUAAUUAUUUCAAGUCGACUUUUAUGUGGUAUCACACAGAUGUAGACUUUCGAAUAAUUCCGACUUCAGGAACAAAUGUCCUUCCAUCGACUUCUCCGGACAUGUUACAGUUUCUUGCAGCGAAGACAAUUAUUGGAACUCGUAAAGACUUUUUUAAUGAUCCAGAUGUGGCUGGCAUAUUGAAAGAUUAUAUUGCUGACAUUUAUUCUUUGUUUAAUGUGUGUUCCCACUGUAAUGGAGUCACUAGAACAUAUCUUAAAGGGUACAAAGUGAUCACAUUUAAGAACCCUUACCUUGGGAACACAUGUGUUCCUUUUAUGCAUUGGACUUGUUCCCUGGAAUGUGCCAAAGCUUUAGAGGUACCAGCAAGACAAGAACAGAUCAAAGCAGCAUACAUGUUAGACAGUAUGUAUGAACAGUAUAUCGUCGAUUGUCAGCGACAGUUUGGUUCCCGGCAUCAACCAGGAUUGACAUGUCCUUGUGUUUCUUCAGAAGAUGAUACAAAAAGUUGUACUAUAUUGUAGCAGGCCAUUUAUAAUAUUGAAUAUUUGUCAUCAUACUGAUGUUAUCAUGUUAUAAUGCUUAAAAAAGUCAGUAGUUGUAAUAUAUCGUAGAAAGCUAGGGAAGGAAACAGAAAAUAAUUUAUUGUUGGUGUUAGUUUAUUUCUCGUCAUUUUGAUACUGAUGUGUUUAUGUUUUAAUUCUCAAAGCAAUUAAAGAUAAGUCAGUAAUUAAAAAGCCAGGGAAGAAAUAGAAAAUCAUUCAUUUUUUGUGACCUUCAAGUUCUCAGCAUCAUAAUCAUGAUAAUGAAAAUGUAAAAAUGGCCUGUUUCUCAGACACCAUAAGUAAUAGGUCAACUAUCUUUGGUGAACAGAAUGAUUGUAAGUGUACUGUUUGUCUGGCAGGGUGUAUCUAACCUCAACCAUUGUUAACCUCAUAUAUACUUCAUAGUUUUAUUUGGCCUUUUAACUAUUUUAUGCCCCACCUACGAUAGUAGAGGGGCAUUAUGUUUUCUGGUCUGUGUGUCCUUUCGUUCGUUCGUUCGUUCGUCCGUCUGACCCGCUUCAGGUUAAAGUUUUUGGUCAAGGUAGUUUUUGAUGAAGUUGAAGUCCAAUCAAUUUGAAACUAAUUUAACAGUCCACUGAACAUAGAAAAUGAUAGUGUGAGUGGGGCAUCCAUGUACUAUGGACACAUUCAUGAUGUUUCAAGCAUCACUGAUGAGUCUUUUUUUAAGGUUCAUUGGUCAGUGUUAAUUUUUUGUGGUUAGGUCUUUUUUGGAUACAAUAAGCAAAAGGUCAACUUUAUUAAAUGAACGGAAUGAUUCUAUGGUGUACAUGUCUAUCUGGCAAGGUUCAUGUGACUUGGACCUCAUUUACAUGGAACAUUGAUAAUAUUAAGUUUAUAUGAUACUUGUAUUCAACCGUUACCUUAAAGCCUUUCAACAUAAAUUCAAUCAUGAAGUAUAGCAGGCAAGACAUUUCUGUGCGUGCACGUUUGUGUAAAUUAGUAAUUGGUCACUGCAAAUGUUUUCUUUGAUAUUUUGUACUGUGGUUUUUGAACUUAUAAGCAAGAUGUUUCAGGCAUAGACCACCUACAGUCACAGUCCUUUCUAAUUCAAUUACAUAGUAGACAAUCUAUCUAUAUCACAGUAACAAACAUAAUUAUCAAGACCUAUUUGUUUGUUUCUGUAUAGUAGACCCUCUAUAGCCUUUUGACUAAUGAAGGCUUUUAACAGAAACAUCUUGCUUAUUGCUGGAAGAAGUACAAAUAUUAAACAAUUUGUUGGCAAUCUUUAACCAUCAUCAAUUUGUUUGGUGAAUAUUUACUUUUUGUGAAGCAUAUGGAUAGUAAUAUGUUAUGUGACAAACUAGUCCAGAUUGAGGUUAUAUAUGUUAAAAAGUGCUAUGCAAGUUCAGGAAAUGAUAAUAUUUUCAAAUAUUUCAAAAGACAAGUCAUAUUUAUUGGUACAUGUAUAGGAAAAGUAAUUCUUGUUAUCUUCAAAAGAUUUAUAUUGUAUUUUUCUCGCUAGGAAAAGUUAUUAACCAUUGUUUGUUUUUGUUGUAUUUUAUUUGACUCCAUUUUAGAUAUUAGUCUGUAACAAAUCAUUUUCUUAAGUAGCUUUUCAUGUAUCAAUCAUGCAAUUUAUGAAAUAUGAUUCAGAUGAUAAAAGAUACACAUUUUUAAAAUUAAAAUGAAGUGGAUUAUUAUUCUUGAUAUUUCAUCAACUCAUUGAUGUACAUCAUGAAGUGGAUUAUCAUUCUUCUCAUACUGCCUGGUUAUGAAGGAAAAUUGAUUUGAAGUUACAAUGAAAUGUACCUCAUAUUAUGGAGUUAUCUUCCUUUUCAAAAUUUCAUAAUGCAUUUCAUAUACUGUAAAUUCAGAAAUUAUUGCGAUUUUUGAAGACUGGACAAAAAUGUGAGGUUAAUUAUUGCGAUUUCAGAAAAAAACUGCUUUAAAGAUAUAUGUAUCAGAUUACAGGAUGCAAGUUCUUAUUAUUGCUAUACUUUACCAUUCGCAUUAUUCGCAUUAAUAAAAACCUUGCAAAAAUUUCUGAAUUUACAGUAAUUAUAUAUAUCUCCAAUGACCAUGGGAACAAGUAUGAAUUAAGGAUACUUUUAAAUAUCUUUGCAUUCUGAACAAAAUAUCAAAGAUCAAAAUGUGUAAGCUUUCUGACCAUGAAUCACCUAAUGCAUGAUUCUUUAAUAGAUGGAGAAGUACUUUAAAAUUUGUUAUUUACCUCAAUCCAUAUACAUAGUAUAUUAUAUGUCAUUAUGAAUAUGUUUUUAUGAUCUGAUCACACUUAUUGUUUAAUAUGUCACAUCUAUGUUUUCCAUUAACAAGAAUCUCACCAAGUGAGUCAAUUAGAACUAAUCAGGCCAUAGCAUAUCAAUUCUUAGGUUCAAAUUCAUGUACAUACUUUUCAAGAUUAAUAGAUUUGGGAAAAAAACAUUUAAUGUUUCCUUUGUUAAAACUUUGAACACAUUUAUGGUCCAGUAUAAACAAAUGAUGCUAGUGUGACUGAAAAAAAUCUUGUACUAUAAGGCUUUUGGUAGUUGAAGCUAUUCCUUUUUGACAGUAAUUACAAUGCAAAAGUGGAAAUAGAAAAACUUUAAAAAUUAAUAAAAGGAGAAAUUAGACAGCUACCUGACAACAACAAAACUCAGAAAAGGCAGUAAUGCAUAUUUUAAAAUCACACUAUAAAGAAAACUUAAUAGUAACAUUGUGACCAACUUUGAGUCAUUCUGAAGUCAUUCUGAAGAGAUUUUGUUUUCGGAAAAUUUCACUUUAAAUUACCAAGUUUUGGAAAUAAGAUAUUAAUUUGCUGUGGCCUUUGUUUUGUUUUAGUUAUGUGUUAUAUAUGUACAUAGAAGUAUCAGUUUAUUAGUUACUUUUGAUGAGCAUAGGGAAUCAUUUUGGAGUUUCACUCAACGAAUUAUCUUAAGAUUUAAGUACAAUGAUACAAGUUUGUAUUGGAUAGAAGUUUAGGAAGUUUUAAGGGUAAGACUGGAAAGAAUAGCCUACUGUUAAUUUAUUACAAUCGUUACACCUAAUCGCUAUUUAUUCCAUUCCGGAUAAGUUCUAAAAUUACACAACUUUUUCAUCCAGUUGAAGCUAUCUGGGGCCCUGUUUAAACAAUGCACCAUGCAUGAUACAUUUUAAUGAGAUCUGUUUAAAACAUCGUAAAUACUUCAAACAAAAUAUUUUUUGACUAUAAUUUGAGUUUCGAAAAAAGUGGAUCAUAAUCUAUCAAAGUUUCGUAUUGAUCGCUUUCUAAAUUUUUCCCUCCUUCAGCUCGUUACUGAUGACCUUUGUUGUUUACCUGUUCAAGGCCUGUUGACCCAAACAGGAAGUUGUCUAAAUGACUGUUUUUUCCGGAUUGGACUAAAUAGCGAUAAGGUGUAUUAAAGACCAUUACAAGACAAUAAUUGCAAAAAAAUCAUGCUUAAUAACAGUGUACACUAUGUAAAGAUUUUAAAUUUUAUAUUAAGGGCUACCAGUAAAUGUAAAUACUUAACUCAUCAAUGCUAUCUCAUUUUAUUUAUUAGCUAUUUGAUUUUAAGUCAGCUUUUCAUAAGAUGAUUGGAGUCAUUUAAAAGGUACAGUGCUAUUACAUUUGAAUUUUCAUCUACCCUGCAAUCAGACAUUCUACUAAUCAUAAAAAUGCUACCUUGCUUAUAGCAGUUAUUAUGUCAUGUUCAAGGAGCAGUCCAAUUAACCUGACCUUGGUCAAUUCAUUUUUUAGAUCCAUUUAAAUUGCUUUAGUGUAUUAAUUGUUCUUGUCCUAAAUAUGCAUGAAAUAUUUUCUCAUUAGAAGUAAACAACAAUCAAUCAAUAAUUAGGACCUUAAACAACUUUUGUUGAUUGUUGUUUUUUGUUUAAAGCCUUUUUUAUGGGCCUUAGUUAUAUCAUGGCAACCAGUUUAAAUAAGUAGAAGAGGCUGUAGAUUGAAGGGAAUCCCAAACCUUGGUAGGAAAAAUAGCAAUCCUUUUCAAUUAAGACCAGAAAAAACUUUGCCACAAGAUUGGUUUCAGCUCCCAACCUGAGAGAACUAUAGGCUAGCCAUAACUGUAGAUGAACAACUUAAACCGCUCGGCCAUAGGCCCCUCUCUAGGAUAACAAGUAGAUGUCAGUUUUCUGCUUUGUUUUCAGUCUUCCUGUGAAGCUUUGUAAGUAAUUUUGUGAUGAGUAGGUAUCAAUUUGGUUGACAUAAAUUUAUCCUCAUAACAAAUUAGGCUUAAAAUGAGAAACCAUUUUAUAUUUCUUAAUGGGGUUUCUAAAGGCCUUUAUGGGCAUUUUUCAUUUUGUUUGUGUUUGUGAAUGGGGCUCAAAUGGUUGCAAAUAAUACUUAUAAUUGUGCACACCCUUGGACCAGUCAAGCUUUUAAAAGGAGUUCAGCAUUUUUAGUACAUGCAUCUUUUAAAUACAAGUAGAAUGUAUAGAUGGCAAGUGAGCAAUAUAGGCUCCAUUAAUCCUCUGGUAACUAGAAGCAUGCUAAACAUACUUUCUGUCUUUAAUCUAUGUAAAGAUUGUAGGAUACAGUAGUACCUGACAAUAUUAUAUAGGAUUUUUGUUCAAUGUUUCACUGCCUUUUUCAAUAUGUCAUCUUAAUGUUCAUUAAGAGGUACUGUACUGUUACUGCAUAUAUACUUUUUUAAAAGUAAAAAUAUGGAUGAUAAGGGGAUAAGAAAAUUUGUUACUUACAAUUAGUAAUGAAAGGAAUAAUUUUAUGUUUUAAAAUGCCAUUAUUUGAAAAUAUUAUUUUCAAUUUUUGUUUAUAGAAUAAAACUUUCUAUAAUGUAUCUCUUUGUUGGCGACAUAUUUUGUGGUAAAUACUUUAAUAUACCAGUAGUCUUCCCGUUUAAUGAAUUUGAUUCAAAAUGAGAUAAUCAUUAUAGGUACCAGUCUUGUAUUACAACUCCAGUUUCGGUGCAUGUCAAAACAUGGAGUUAAAUAAAAUAGUCCAUUUUUUUCUAGACUCAAUUUUUUCUGUUUGAUUAAAAAUUUAUACUGAAACGAAACAUCUAUUUAGAUAAAAAAAAAUAUUGCAUCUUUUGGGGAUAUCAAACCAGGAAAGUGAUAGGAUAUCGUGUUUACUGGAAGUGGUGCGGCCUAGUAAAAACAGCAAACAGAAAGUAGAAAAAAGUAGUUUUGACUUCAAGGUUUCAUAACUUUUUAUUCUUCUUGGCAUGACCCACUUUUUUCCCCAAUAAAUCACAAUUUCACAUGAUAUGUACAUGAAAAAAAUUUUCUAUGUAGCAUUUUAUUUUUAAAAAAUUUCAAAGAUCAGCUGUUUUGCAUGUAAGCCUAUGGAGCAGUCAAUUACAAGACUGCAACCUUUAGGAUUGUGUCAAGGGAAGAUAAUUAUAAUAGAAUUGUUUCAAGGGAAGAUAAUUAUAAUAGAAUUGUUUCAAGGGAAGAUAAUCAUGAUAGAGUUGUGUCAAGGGAAGAUAAUCAUAAUAGGAUUGUGUCAAGGGAAGAUAAUCAUGUUCAAGGAUAAACACAACUGAAGUUUUUCUUCACAACUAUAUAUCAAUUGAAGUUUCACUCUGCAUGCAUGAAUUUUAAGUGUUUAAGAUUCCUAAAAUGUCAACUAGAGUUUUAUUGCAUAUAAGAAAAUAGACUUUCUCAGAACCACUGUUAGAUUGAAAUUUUGAAAUGUCACUUUUUUAAAUAUAGCAAAAUGUUUUGCAAUGAAAUGCUGGGUUUAUUUUAUACUAUGCUGCAGUCUUACUAAUUAUUUACUAAUUUCUCAUGAAAGUAAAUAUACCCAUUGUGAUAUUACCCCAUCAACAUAAGUUAUUCCUGAUCACUAUAAUUGACACAAGAGGAGACAAUCCUUUGUAGACAUGAUUAAAGGGGAUAUAAUCCUCCUAGUUAUGAAACCAUUAUCAACUGUGAUAUGUAAUAAACAACUAAUAAUUAA